AAAAUGUCUAAGGAACAAGAUGAGCUCAGCCAUGAAUUUAAAAAAUUACACAUCGUACAUUCUUCUACAAAGGCAUGGAAGCCUAAUAAUUACCAAGGCUCCAAAGGUGUGCGAUCGCAACCCGUAAACGUCGCACACAAUGAAGAGUGCGAUGAAGUCUCUACAUUGGCGAAAUAUGCAACAAGCCGUGAUAAAACGGAUAAAGACAUAACACUAAUUCGUCACGCUUUGGCAAAUAACCUAGUUUGUGAGUCACUCAACGAAUAUGAAAUCGAUGCGUUCAUCGGAUCCAUGUCUUCCUUUGAACUCCCAGCAGGAGCACCGGUUGUAAGACAGGGAGAUAAUGGUACGUACUUUUUCAUCAUUAGCGAAGGUGACUUUGAUGUGUAUGUCGAUGGUGAGCACGUUAACUCAAUGACCCGGGGCACCGCCUUCGGGGAGAUAUCGCUAAUCCAUAAUACGCCUCGUAGCGCAACAGUUAAAGUCAAAAACAAAGCUGGAAACUGCGGAAAGCUUUGGGGAGUAACAAGGGUUGUUUUCCGGGAUACUCUAAAACGAAUAUCGCUCCGCAACUACACAGAAAACCGUGAAUUUAUAGAUUGCGUCACCAUAUUUGAAAAUCUGACGGAAGAGAAUAAGAGUUGCAUCACCAAUGCACUUGUAGAAUUGAGGUUUUCCCCAGGGGAAUCCAUAGUUAAACAGGGUGACCCUGGUGAUGACCUGUAUCUCAUUAAGCAGGGUAGCGCCGACGUCUACGUAAACGACAUUAGGGUUAGAACCAUCACCAAGGGGCAGUACUUCGGUGAAAGAGCUAUUCUGUAUAGCGAGCCUCGCAGCGCAACUAUAAAGGCUAUUGACUAUGUAAUAUGCGUGUCCAUAACCAGGGACAUCCUCCAAAGCGUCCUGGGAAACCUCAAUAAUGUACUCUUCAGGAACAUCAUGAUGGAAGGCCUGCAGCAUUCGGAUGUAUUCAAGCAGUUUACUGGCGAGCAGUUGUGUGAAUUGAUUGAAUCAGCAAGCAUAAGAAGCUUCAGGAAGGGUGCUGUCAUACUCGAUCGCGAGACCCUGCUAAAGGGGAUUCGGUAUUUCAUCGUCCUAGAGGGAUCCGUACGCGUGCUAUACGACGGUAAUGAAUUGGGUACCAUGCAACGUGGAGAUAGCUUCGGUGAGGAAUACAUCACACACGCCAAUCUACCGUUUAACCAUACAGUCAUAGCAGAUGGUGGCAAUGUUAACGUCUCAAAGCUCGCGUUCUUCACUAAGCAUGCAAUGCAACUUAUACUUGGGGGAGAAAAUCUAAGCGAAAAGCUAGAUUACAACAACAAGAUGGCUGCGCUGCGCAAGAUUUACAUAUUGAGGCACCUGUCCGAGAAACAGAUUGACAUGCUUAUCAAGGCCCUGAAGACACUAAGGUAUAAACUCAAUGAUACCAUCUUCAACGAAGGAGAGAUUGGAGAUAUGCUAUACAUCAUUAAAAGUGGAGAAGUAGCCAUUAUAAAGAACGGAGUAAAGAUACGUACACUAGGUAAACACGACUACUUUGGCGAGCGUGCGCUGUUAUACGAUGAACAAAGAAGUGCGUCGGUUGUGAGUAAUGCUACUUAUGUAGACCUGUGGGUAGUGGAGAAGCCUGUAUUCAUGGAGCUCAUGGAACCCACUAUGUUGCAACACUUGGAAAAGAGGAUCAAGAUGCAGGAUUCCAAGGUACAAUUCCACGAACUGAAGGUGAUCAAGACAAUAGGUCAUGGUACAUUCGGCACUGUCAAACUCGUAGACCACGAACCCACAGGGGUUAGGUUCGCUUUGAAGUGUGUCAGCCGCAAGUGUAUCCGAGCUCUGAAGCAACAGAAACAUAUCAAGCUAGAAAGGGAGAUCAUGGCCCAGAACGAUCAUCCUUUCAUCAUCCAACUAGUGAAAACAUUUAAAGAUGAAAGUAAUGUAUACUUCUUGACGGAACUCAUCACUGGGGGUGAGCUUUACGACGCCAUCAGGAAGAUUGGUCUUUUGUCAAGGCCACAGGCACAAUUCUAUAUAGCCUCCAUAGUGCUUGCUUUUGAGUAUCUGCAUGAGAGGCAAAUCGCAUAUCGGGACCUGAAACCAGAGAAUAUUCUUCUGGACGAACAGGGAUAUAUCAAACUUAUCGAUUUUGGUUGUGCAAAGAAGAUUAAAGGAAGGGCUUAUACGCUUAUAGGCACGCCGCAUUAUAUGGCUCCAGAGAUUAUAUUAGGCAAGGGAUAUGGAUGUCUAGCUGAUAUAUGGUCCUUUGGGGUGUGUCUAUACGAGUUUAUAUGUGGGCCAUUGCCCUUUGGAAACGAUGCACGUGACCAGAUUGAGAUCUUCCGCGAUAUUCUGAAAGGCAACCUGGUAUUCCCAGAAUACGUCAAGGACCAAGAGGCUAUAAAUAUCAUCAAAAGGCUGCUGUGCAGGGUACCUGAAGUUAGAUUGGGUAGUUCCAUAAACGGAUUCAAGGACAUCAAGGAACAUUCGUACUUCAGGGACUUUGACUGGGAUAAGCUAUCCGGCAGGGCUCUUCAACCACCUUUCGUGCCUCAGGGUGAAACUUAUAACGAAGACGAGGCGCAGGAGAGCGCCCAGUCAGCUAACGAAACUGACGAGAGCGAGCACGCAGGAGACGACUGGGAAAAAGAUUUUUAAUGUACCGUGUCUAUGUGCGU